CUGUUAUCUAUUUAUUCGUUUAGACUGAUGGCUCGGUCUCGGCGCUUUCACGCAUCAGUCAACACGACACACACACACGCACACAGACACCAAACCCCCGACAGAGAUCUCGUACUGUACAAUGCACACCACCCACCCCCUCGUCUGCCUGUCCCGCCUGUACAACCAGUCAGUCCCAUCUGCUGCCUAUAACCAACCCAACCGACACCGCCUGACCGCGAACCUUACAAGCAUCCUCUCUCCCUCCCCAUCCCACGGCUCCCCGUUGUCAUCUCCUCGUGAAUGUCUUGAGGUGAAAGCACUUAGCAAUAGCCUCCGACAGGUGCUUGCAGUUGUCGUCGAGCAGCCGAUACUCGUUCGGGAACGCCUCAGCGACUCUUAUCAGCGUGUCGAUCUGUAUCGGCUGCUCGCAGAUCUCGCUGGCCAGCCAGACGGACGUCAUCAUGACGUUGUGCUUCUCCAUCCGCAGCCGGAGCGGCUUGACUGACGUGUAGUGGCGGAUGUGUAUGUUGCCCGUGUAGGUCUUGUCGACGGUGAUGAUGCCGCCGUCACUGAGCUCCGCCUGCACCCAGUGGUGGUCGAUGUACUCGUAGCCCUUUGUCGACCACCGCACCGGUGUGAGGGCGUUGUAGAGCAGAGUGGGCGAUGCCUUGAGGACGCCGCCGAGCCAGUCAGUGUCGUCGAUGAGGAUGGGUGCGGCCAACACGCGCAGGUUGUAGCACCACUGAUCCCUCCUUGCUGCCACCUCUGAAGAUAUCACCAGAGUGCCUGCAUGCAUAUGCACCCGACACACACAGGCGUCAAAGAGCAGCCGCAGCAGGUUCGUGCCUUAGUCAAAGGAGCCUGCCUUUCUGACCUGAUGUGCGCAUGAGGCGCAGAGCGCCAAUGAGCCCGAGGGGAGCGAGCGGCAGCAACUGGCUCAUCACACCUGUCGCCGCUCAACGCUUCUUGACGCUGGCAGUUCUGUG